GUGGGCCCAGCUCGAUUUCCAUGAAUUCUACCAAAUAUUCAGAUUGUUGGAAUGUUAUUAAGUUUUUAAGAUUCGUAAACCAUUUUUAAAGGUUAUUUGUAGGCAGUUAAGUAAAAUCUCCUUUAAUACUAAUUGAAUUGAUCUUGAAGACCUAUCGAUGUAGAUAAACACGUAUUUGAUUUAGAUGGCAGUCAUGUUUGACUGUUACCGAAGAUGGCGUCUCUGAGAAAUUUAAGUAAAAAUGUACCUUAUUUAGGACAACAGUUUUCUGCCCUUCUGGGCAAUACAAGCUUGUCAGUGAAGAUUAUUAGUGCUAUUAUCUUUUUCACCUAUUUUUUAUCUUUUUCGGAAGAUGCUAUUAAGUUUCUUAGUGUGACUCCAGGAUAUAUACUGCCACCUUCUUUUUGGAUAUGGACAGCUUGCACAUAUUGUUUUCUAGAAAUACACUUUUGGGAAGUAAUAGUAGAUUCAGUUACUAUUGGUUUAUGUGGGAAACUCAUAGAACCGUUAUGGGGACAACUGGAAUUACUAGUUUUCUUUGCAAUUGUUAACAUUGGAGUUGGUGUUGUGAGCGCUUCCUUCUAUCUCUUCCUUUAUAUGUUUACAUUCAAUACAGACCUUUUGUUUUAUGUUCAUAUUCAUGGCCUUGCUGGAUUCAUUGCAGGCCUGUCAGUGGCUGUCAAACAAAUUAUGCCAGAUCAUGUGAUUGUUAAAACCCCCUUAGGAAAGAUAACAAAUCGAAAUAUUCCAUUGUUAUUGGUAAUUGUGUCUUUCAUAAUGUAUCUUUGUGGUAUGUUGGAAGGAACCUAUCCAACUAUGCUAACAGCUGGGCUCCUGGUGAGCUGGACAUAUCUUAGGUUUUAUCAGCGACAUAGUAAUGGUACUCGAGGAGAUUUGGCUGACAACUUCACAUUUGCAAGCUUUUUCCCCACCGUUAGUCAACCACCAAUAUCACUUGUGGCGAAUGCUAUACAUGGAGGCCUAGUUCGCAUUGGUUUAUGCCGAAGAACUGUUAGAAAAUUUGACUUAGCAGCAGCACCAACUGGUGUAACUGUAACACUCUCAGGUGAUUUACAUGACAUGGAAAGGAGAAGGCAAAUUGCUCUGAAGGCAUUAAACGAACGACUGAGUAAAGACCAAGUACCAUUACUCAAACCCAAAGAGACAAUCGUACCAGUUCCAGCAAUGCCUCCGCCUCCUCCUGUGACUCCUCCGAAUCAGACAACUGUACAAGUGCACAAUGUCAUUGAUACAUAAAAUUCUUUAUGACUAUCCAUCCCUCUUUUGUAAAUAUUUGUACAGAAAAAUAUUAUUUUAUUUGAUAUACUUAUCUCCUUCCUUCAUUCCAUAAAGUAUUAGUGGAAUAAACUAUUAAAUAACAUAAAAAAAAAAUUAUGUUAUAGAUGCAAUUUGUAUACCUUCUAGGUUAUUUUAUUUUAUUUUUUUGUUUCUCAUUACGCUAGUCAAAGGAAUUUAUUUUAUUUUUUAAAUUGUAUUAUACAGAUGUAUAUAAAUUUGUAACGAAAUAUAUUGUUUGUGUUUA